AUGACUUCCCAAGUACCAACCCGGAUAAGAUAAUCCCUUUUUCUGAAGCCUUUCCUUUGCUCCAUCUCCAUCCCCAUCUCCAUGGCUCAUGCUGGCAUCGCCGCCUCUUCUCUCUGCGUUUCGCUUCCAAAUGUUGCUGCAAGGAAACCUCAGCGAACCAGUGCUCUUCUUCGUCCUCUUGGUGAAGCACACUCCAAAAUCACUGCUUCUUCCUUCAAGCGAGGAACUCCACUUUUUCUUGGCUCAGUGUUAACUAGAAGGAAGUUUGUACGCCAAGCCACACAAAUUUCUAUUAGAUGUGAGCAGGGUACAAAGGAGGAUGGUGGAUUGGAUGUGUGGCUCGGCCGUCUUGCAAUGGUUGGAUUCGCAACUGCUAUUACUGUUGAAAUAACAACAGGGAAGGGGCUCCUCGAGAACUUCGGUUUUACGUCACCCUUACCGACUCUGGCAUUGGUUGUCACAGCAUUAGUUGGUGUUCUCACAGCAUUCUUCAUCUUUCAAUCAGCCUCUCAAAAUUGAUUGUUGAAUACUGUAAUUAUACUUCAACAUUUGGCCUUUGUUUUUCCCUUCUAGUUUUUGUUUGAAGCUUAAUAUGUAAUUUCUCUCAUAGUUUCUCAUAAUUUCUCAUCUUUCAAUCACUUUUUUAUCUAA